AUGCCCGCCUCCAGGGCAGCCCCGCCCCGCCCGUCCCCCUCCCUCGCAUCCUCCACCCGCUCCGCAAAGCCCCAGCCGCCUCCCAGCCCCGCCCCGGCACUCCCCGCCACCCUCGCAAAGCGCCUCCUCUUCCCCCACCUCCCCCCAGGCACACCCAUCCCCCCCCUCCUCGCCGACCCCGCACUCGACGCAGAGCUCUACGACUUCCUCGCCCUCGCCCUCCGCGCCUUCGUCACCCCCUGGUGGUCCAAGAUCACCCGCUACGACAAGGAGUUCCUCCCACACAUCACACACAUCCUCUCCGCAGUCCUCCGCGCACUCGACGCCCGCAUACGCGCCACGGACCCCGCCCCCCUCCUCUGCCGCCACGUCCCCGCCCUCCUCGCACAGCACUACGACGACUACCGCGCAGCCGCACGCGACCUCCACUCCUCCCGCGCCCAGGCCGGCGCCCUCUCCCUCCCCGCCCUCUUCCACGCCCGCCAGCAGCACAUCGCCGUCAGCCCCGAUGGUGUCCUCGACGAGCUCUACGUCCGCACAGUCCUCGACGCCGUCCUCAACGCCUGCCUCCCCGCCGAGGACUGGGACGCGGAGCCAGAGCGCUACAUCGUCCGCGAGAUCGUCCUCCACGUCGUCUGUUCCUCCGUCGUCCCCAAGAUCACCCAGCCAUGGUUCAUCCACAAGUCCAUCUUGGAUCUCCUCGGCCCCGAAGUCGCCCCGCUGACCGACGUCAAGCCUCCAGAGCAGCUCCUCCUCUCCCCCGCCCCUUCCAUCCCCGACCCCGCCAGCUCUACCCCCGCCUCCGGGCUCCCAUCCCUCCACACCCUCCUCGUCUUCUUCCUCUCCGCCGUCCAGUCCGUCUCGACCGCCGCCCUCACCCUCGUCCACCUCUACAAGCAGACCCUGCACACCAUCCAGCAGGUAAACCAGUCUUCGCGCCCGCCUUCGCCCGGACCUGCGCCUGCCCUUGGAGUCGUGCCGUCGCCCCCGCUGUCCCGUGCGC